AUGGACCAUGUUGCACAGUGCUUACAACCCGUUUCUUACAUGGGCUUGGCCUGCCGGUCCAACCGGCGGGCCAACCCGCCGGGCCACAGGCAUGGUUAUGGCAACCAGCUAUAUUCAGUUCUUGAUGACCAAAAUAACAAGAAAGAUUGCCAACAUCGAAUCUACAUUGUUCAUGUCCGAAGCCUGAAGCAUGAUGAGUUGCUUGGUGAUGAAGAUGUAGAACAUUGGCAUAGGUCUUUUUUGCCAAACACUACACUUGAUACUGGUGAGCCACGCUUGGUUUACUCGUAUCAUCAUGCAAUUAGUGGAUUUGCUGCAAGACUAACUUCGGAGGAAGUGAGGACUAUGGAGUCCAUAGAAGGGUUCUUAAUGGCACGACCAUCUAGAAAACAAAAGCUCUCCACUACCUAUACACCAAGUGGCAUUACUCCCGACCAUGCUUCUUUCAUGGAUGAUGGCACAAUGCCACCGAAACCCCCCAAAUGGAAAGGGAGUUGUCGUUUUCGCAACAAAACACUAUGCAACAACAAGCUCAUCGGCGCUAUUGCAUUUCGUGGCUCAAGAAGGCCUUCACCAAAAGAUAGUAGGAAAGAUGGGCAUGGGACACAUGUUGCGGGCAUUGCAGCAGGAAGUUUCGUUGAUAACGCUGACGUUCUUGGGCUUGCCAAGGGCACAGCAUCAGGUACCGCACCUAAAGCUCAUCUUGCUAUAUAUAGGGCUUGCACCAGUAAGACAUGUGAUGAUGCAGAUAUUGUGGCAGCUAUAGAAGAAGCCAUUAAAAAUGGUGUGGAUAUUCUCUCACUUUCUCUAGGACAAGAAUCAAUUCCAUUUUAUGAUGAUGACACAUUGAUUGCAGCACUCUCUGCUGUUAGAGCAAAAAUAUUUGUUUGUAUGGCUGCAGGAAACUUAGGCCCUCGUCUAAAGAGUGUUGAGAAUGGUGCUCCAUGGAUCCUUACUGUUGGAGCUAGCACCCACGAUAGGAGAGCUAGCGCUACCGUCAGACUAGGAAAUGGUGUGGAAGUUGAAGGAGAAUCUGGUUACCAACCAAGCACGUUCAAUGCCGCAGGUAACAUCAUCUUCCCGGGUUUUCGAGGUCAGAAUGGCACACUAGGAUGCAAGAAAGACUCUUUCAAUAACAUUGACAUAAAGGGAAAGAUCGUUCUUUGCUCAAUUGAAAUAGGAAAGUUCAGAGACAUGAGCAUCAAUGUCAAAGAAGCCGGAGGGGUGGGGAUGAUAGUGUUGGAUACAUUUGUGCAAGGAUCUACUACUUUCUCUGAUGAUUAUGUACUUCCAACAGCUCAUGUCAAUUACACCGAGGCAUGGAAAAUUAGUGGUACAUCAAUGGCCACACCUCAUCUCGCAGGGAUAGCGGCACUACUGAAGAACACUCAUAAGAACUGGUCGGUAGCAGCAAUUAGAUCAGCAAUCAUGACAACUGCUGACAGGUUUGAUCUUGAUGGAGACCCGAUUUUUCAUGACUAUGAUCUACAAAAAGAUCAUGCAAAUACGACUGACAUGGGUUCAGGACAAGUGAAUCCUAUUGCAGCCAAUGACCCUGGUCUUAUUUAUGAUAUAAACCACGAUCACUAUAUUCAGUAUCUUUGUGGUCUAGGUUACAAUGACACACAAGUUUCAAUUGUCGCUGGUAGUUCAGUUAAGUGUUCCAUUGUUGGCAGCAUUGCUCCUGAGGAUCUUAAUUAUCCUUCAAUAUCAAUAUAUUUGGAUCCCUUGAAAACGAAGUCCGUCAAGCGUACAAUAACAAAUGUUGGGGAUGCUAAUGAGCUUUACAACAUAGACGUUGAAGAACCUAAUGGAAUCAGAGUGGUGGUUUCUCCAUCACCAAUUCAAUUUUCAAGGAUUGGUGAGGAGAAGAGCAUUAGUCUUGAAUUUAGUAGUAAUGGAAUGGCUUUAAACCAAGGCAGUAUCUUGGAUGGACAACUUAAAUUGGACUCAGGCAAGCACUUUGUAAGGAGCCCAAUAUCAGUCACCAUCCUUUAA